AGCCAGAGCGCACUCUGGCGGGAAGCGCCUCCAUUGCUAAAUUUACCUUUGUGAAUUCCCUCUCAUUUACUCGCAGUGACAGAGAAACUAUGCACUGGCUUGCGACCAGAAACGCCGUCGUUCUUGUUCCCCGGUGGCGCUCCGUCUCCUUCCUCCUCCUCCGCCCUCUCCUCACCCCUCUCCCGCCGUCCACCCCUCCGCCACUUAUCAGGGGGUCUGAGCAUGUUUGUUGUUUCAAAGAGAGAAAGUUCUACACAAAAGCUACCAAAAGGCAAAAGCAAUUGAAAGUUUCCUUAGAAGAUAAAGAUUAUGCCCAUGUUAUCUGGUGGAAGGAGAAAAUGCAAGUGUGCAGAAAGCCUUCAUCUGUUGUGCUGGUUAAGCGGCUUAUGUUUUCAAAUUUAUUGGGUGUUGAUGCUACAUUAAAGAAUGGAAGCCUCAAAGAAGGAACUCUCAACUGGGAGAUACUUCAAUUCAAGUCUAAAUUUCCACGCGAAGUUUUGCUGUGCCGAGUAGGAGAUUUCUAUGAGGCAAUUGGUGUUGAUGCCUGCAUUCUUGUUGAAUAUGCUGGAUUGAACCCAUUUGGCGGUUUACGUACAGACAGCAUCCCAAGGGCUGGUUGUCCUGUUGUGAAUUUACGACAGACUCUAGAUGACCUGACACGUAAUGGUUUCUCUGUUUGCAUAGUUGAGGAAGUUCAGGGUCCAGCUCAAGCCCGCACACGAAAAAAUCGUUUUAUAUCUGGGCAUGCACAUCCUGGCAGUCCUUAUGUUUUUGGGCUCGUUGGGGACAACCAUGACCUAGAUUUUCCUGACCCGAUGCCUGUAGUAGGAAUAUCUCGUUCAGCUAAAGGAUACUGCAUGGUUUCGGUUCUGGAGACAAUGAAGACUUAUUCUGAGGAGGAUAAUCUGACAGAAGAAGCUUUGGUCACCAAACUUCGUACUUGCCGAUGUCAUCAUUUGUUACUCCAUACAUCAUUGAGGCAUAAUUCCUCAGGAACUUGUCGGUGGGGGGAAUUCGGUGAAGGUGGUCUGUUAUGGGGAGAAUGUAGUUCUAGACAAUUCGAGUGGUUUGAUGGCGAGCCAGUGAAGGAGCUUUUGUAUAAGGUGAAAGAGCUUUAUGGCCUUGAGGAUGAUAUCACAUUCAGAAAUGUUACAGUUGCUCCAGAAAAUAGGCCAAGUCCUUUACACCUGGGGACGGCCACACAAAUAGGUGCUCUUCCAACUGAAGGAAUUCCUUGUUUACUUAAGGUGCUGCUUCCAUCAAAUUGCACCGGCCUUCCUGUUAUGUAUGUCAGAGAUCUUCUACUAAAUCCUCCUGCUUAUGGGAUUGCAUCCACAAUACAAGAGGCCUGCAAACUGAUGAGCGAUAUAACAUGCGCCAUUCCCGAGUUCACCUGUGUUCCUCCAGCCAAGCUAGUGAAGUUGCUGGAGUCGAGGGAAACCAAUCAUGUCGAGUUUUGCAAAAUAAAAAGUGUUCUCGAUGAUAUAUUACAACUGUAUUCAAAUCCAGAGCAACAUAAAAUUCUCAAAUUACUGAUGGAUCCUACUUGGGUGGCUACUGGACUGAAAGUCGAGCUGGAGACAUUAGCGAGGGAAUGUAAAUACGUUUCACAUAGAAUUGGUGAAAUCAUUUCCUUGGAUGGUGAACGUGAUCAGAGGAUAACAACACACACCAUUAUCCCGAACGAGUUUUUUGAUGACAUGGAAUCUUCAUGGAAGGGUCGUGUGAAGAGAAUUCACUUAGAAGAAGAAUUCGCAGAAGUGGAUGAAACUGCUAAGGCCUUAGCUGUAGCGAUUGAAGAAGAUUUUCUCCCUAUUGUUCGGAGAAUUAAAGCAAUGACAUCACCCCUUGGAGGGCCAAAGGGGGAGAUAUUAUACACCCGUGAGCACGAAGCUGUUUGGUUCAAGGGAAAACGUUUUGCACCGUCUGUUUGGGCCGGUACACCUGGAGAAGAACAAAUUAAACAGCUUAGACCUGCCUUUGAUUCUAAAGGAAAAAAGGUCGGUGAAGAAUGGUUUACCACACUUAAGGUGGAGGAUGCCCUAGCCAGGUAUCACGAGGCUGGUGACAAAGCAAAAGCAAAAGUCCUGGAACUAUUACGCAAUUUAUCUGCUGAGCUGCAAGCAAAGAUCAAUAUCCUAGUGUUUUCAUCCACGUUGCUUGUAAUUGCCAAGGCUUUAUUUGGUCAUGUGAGUGAAGGUAGAAGAAGGAAAUGGGUGUUCCCCACUCUCACUCAAUGCCACAGUUCUGAGGAUAAAGGAACCCUAUAUAAAGCUGAGGGGAUGAAGAUAACUGGCUUAUCUCCAUACUGGUUUGAUUCAGCUCAAGGUGGUGCCGUAAAAAACGACGUUGAUAUGAAAUCACUAUUUCUGUUAACGGGACCAAACGGAGGUGGGAAAUCGAGCCUGCUGAGGUCAAUUUGUGCGGCUGCAUUAUUAGGAAUAUGUGGAUUCAUGGUCCCAGCUGAGGCAGCUAUUAUCCCUCAUUUUGACUCCAUUAUGCUCCACAUGAAAUCUUAUGAUAGUCCUGCUGAUGGAAAGAGCUCCUUUCAGGUGGAGAUGUCAGAAAUUCGUUCCAUUAUCACUCGAGCCACCUCGGAAAGCCUUGUCCUCAUCGACGAAAUUUGCCGAGGUACGGAGACAGCCAAAGGCACGUGCAUAGCUGGCAGCAUAAUUGAGAAACUCGAUUCAAUCAACUGUCUUGGCAUAGUUUCCACUCACCUCCACGGAAUAUUCGAUCUCCCAUUGAAAACCAAAAAUGCUGUCUUUAAAGCCAUGGGAGCCCGACUCGUCAACAAUCAAACAGUGCCUACGUGGAAAUUAAUGGAUGGCAUUUGCCGAGAGAGCCUCGCGUUCGAGACAGCUCAGAGGGAAGGUGUCCCGGAAGAUUUGAUUCAGCGGGCCCACGAUCUGUACAUUUCGGUUUAUGGGGAAAAGAGUCCGUUAAAGUUGAGGCAUAUUGGUUAUGAAGUCAAAGUUGGAGAGAAAAGUGGGCCCAUCGAAAAGGGUCGUGCUGACAGGUUCGAGAUUUUGCGUGAGCGGGUGGAGGCUGCUGUGGUCAGUGUAUGUGGGGAGAAAUUGGGUGAUCUCAGAUGUGUUUUGAUUGGUGCUAAAGAGCAGCCGCCUCCAUCUACUAUUGCUGCAUCGAGUGUUUAUGUGAUGAUUAGGCCUGACAAGAAAAUUUAUGUAGGCGAGACGGAUGACCUUCAGGGCCGAGUCCGUGCUCACCGCCUGGAAGAGGGAAUGCAAAAUGCAUCAUUUAUAUAUUUCUUGGUGCCGGGUAAGAGCAUGGCUUGCCAACUCGAGACACUUCUCAUCAACCAGCUCCCGAGCCGAGGCUUUCGGUUGACUAAUGUAGCCGAUGGGAAGCACAGGAAUUUUGGCACGUCUGAUUACUUGGAAUUGGAGAUGUUGACGAGUCGCGAUCGGUUGCCGGGAAGCUGGUUGGGGGUUGGCGUCGUGUCACUGGGUGUCGAGCGGAUUGUCGUGGGUCUUCUCGGCAUCACGGGGCUGCAACAGGUUGUCACCGGGCACAAGACGAUCGCGGGUCGCAUCGCCAGGAACUGGAUGUCGCGGGUCUCGGCGUUGCAAGAAGGUAACAACUCGUCACCAGUCGCAGCAAGGGAGCAGGUCAUGUCGGGUGGUCACCGGGAAACGAGUCAUCUCGCGGUGGUGCUGGGCCGUCGACGGUGGUCGGCUCUCGACUACCCCCAAGGUCUUCUAUUGAAUUAA